AACCUUAAAUCAACCUUAAAUUCAUAACCAUAUUCACAACCUUAACAUCCCCGUUGAUAAUAUCUCACAGGAAAAAACAUGGACUCCUUCAUGUGCAACAUCAAAACCGUAGCAACCGGCGGCCACGACGAAACGAAAACCAACACGGAUCAACCGUCGAACACGAGCACCGACCUCUUGUCAAGUGCCAAGCUGGUGGCAGAGGCAGCUCAGUCAGCUGCAACCAACAAAACGGACCAAAUUGACAAGCAGAAGGUCGCCGGAGCCACCGCGGACCUUCUGGACUCUGCUAAGGAGUACGGAAAGUUUGACGAGAGCCAGGGAGUGGGACAGUAUAUAAAACAGGCAGAUGAUUACCUUCACAAGUAUGAGAAGUCCGGUGCUACUGGUGCUACACCACCCGCUGAGGCGCCGCUUGUGACCGAGGAGAAGAAAGCCGAAGCGCCGCCGGGUGUGGAGGAGAAAGGUGGAAAGGAUGAAUCGGAAAGUGGGAUUGGUGCCGGAGAUGCUAUCAAGGCUGCCGGAAGUUUCUUUAAGUAGAAAUAUGGGUUAUAUUAUUAUGCAAAUAAAUCAAGUUUACAAGUCUCUCAUAUUUUUGGCUUGUACACUAUAUUUACAUGUUAUAUGUUCAUGUAAUAUUUAUGUGUUAUUAUGAUGUUACAUAAGUUUGUAAUAUGAAGAUAUGGUUUCUUUAUACAUAUAUACUUGGUAAAGAUCUUUUGGUA